AUGUCAAAACAGAGGCGUCUCCUGCUCCCCCAGCUUAGGGCAGUGAUCCCUUUGGAUGCCUCUAGCACUCCGCGGCUCACAGCGCCAGGGCCUCUGCAACGCCGACGCCGCAGAGCAGGGCCCCUUUCCCUGGGGGCCUCUAGCACAGAAAGCAGAAAUAUGGUGUCCCCGGCCUAUGAUUCUGUGCCCGAAGGGCCUCUCCAUAGACCGGUCAUUGCUGACUCUUUACCAGAAAUCCCCAGUGACUACGUCUGUCCUAUAGACGCCAAGGAAGAAAUCUUGAAUGAAUGUGAGAGUAUUUGGAAGCACAUGGAAGAGUGUCAGAGCAAGCUAAUGCUUCAAGGAACAGAAACACUGUUAAAAUCAGAUGUCAAGCUUGCCUUGUUAAUGAUGCAAGUGAAAACUUUAACAGCAGAAUAUCAUCAAUGGCAAAAAAGAAGUCCUGAAUUAACUUCUACCAAUCCAGAUGUACUGUUAACAUUAGGAAAAGAAGAGUUGCAGAAAGUAAAGAAUGAUCUUGAAAUGAUGCUGUCAACAAUUCAGUCAAAGAAUAAACAACUGGAAAAAGAUCUGAAAAGAGAACAGCAGUGGCAUGAGGAACAGGAGCAGCUACUAGAUGCUCUUAAUGGAAUUGAAGAAGAGACAAAAACCCAGGCUCAACUUUCCAAAAAAUGUUUUAAUAUUGAAGCAUUUCAUGAACUGCAAAAUGAAAUGUUGAAACAAAAGAUGUAUAAGGAAGAACUCUUGAAUGCUCUGGGUGGAUUCCUAGAAGAACAUUUUCCCCUUCCAGAGAAAGGUGGAAGUGCUAGAAUGAAGAAUUCUUCUGAAGAGCCAGCUGUAGAAUUGAUAACGCUGAAUGAAAUUUUAGAGAUUCUUAUAAACAAAUUAAUGAGCACACCACAUGAACCCUAUGUAGCGAUCAAUGACUCAUUUUGGCCACCUUAUGUUGAGCUGCUGCUGCGACAUGGAAUUGCCCUGAGACAUCCAGAAGAUCCAAACAGAUUGCGCCUAGAAGCCUUCCACAUGUAG